AUGCAAAUAUUAUGCACCUCGGCAGACAUGAAAUGUCCUUGGGAAGGACAAAGAGAUCAAUUAGAUGGACACCUAUCGAAAUGUGCUUUUGAUGCUCUACGAUACAUUAUCACUCCACUUAUGACGGAAAAUGAGCAACUCAAAGAACUGAUAGGUAAAUUUCAUGACGAUAAUCAGCAAUUACGAGACCAGACAGGUCAAUUGGCGAUCCAAGCGAAUAAAUAUCAAAGAGAAAUUCAAGAUAUAAACCAACAGUUAGCACAACUUAAAACUCAACUCCAAAAUCAAGAAAUUAAAGAGCAAGAAAGACAUAGAAGCGUUUGGGAAUACAUUGAUGGAGACAAUUUUGAUGCAUUUCUGAGAGAGACUGGUGUUGGUAUGGCAACGCGUUUGGCUGUAAAAUGUCUCAAACCGUGUCUUAUUAUCGACGAGUUUCAAAAUGAAUGGAUGAUACGUUUCGAAAAGUUCUUUGCAGACAAUGCGGAAAUGGAAUGUGGAACAAGUAAAGCUCGUCGUUGGUAUAAACGUGCCACUUAG